GAGGUAUUUGCGGUGUAAUUAAAAAUAAAAAACAAGUGUAGUUAUUUGGAUUUAUCAACAGUGCGGAGUGAUGUAGCGUGAUGUACAGCAACGAGAGUACAGCGGGCGAGGUUGAGGACACACCGACACAGGACCACCUCGCUCUGCUCAUUGUUCUGUACGUCUUUGUCUCAAUAAUAGGUAUAGUGGGCAAUGUGAGUUUAAUGGCGGCGCUGGCGUCGAGCGGCGCGUGCCGGCUGCGAACGCCGCAGCUGCUGAGCGCGUGCGCUGCUGACCUAUUGGUAUGUGCAGCAAGCGCGCCGCUCGCCGCCGCACGCGCCGCCCACCUGCACCGCCUGCCUUGCCAUGUCACACACUAUAUAGAAUCAUUCCCGGUGGCGGCGAGCACGCUGUCACUGGUGGCGAUGGCGACAGACCGGUGUGGCGCGGUGCUGCGCGGCCGCGAGAACCCGCUAUGUGCAAGGCCUUACGUCGCCGUGGCCGCAGUGUGGGUGGCCGCUUUUAUACUCGGCGCCGUGAUGAUGAUAGCGACAUGCGUGUCGUGCCCCCCACUUGCGGCGGCGCACGCCGUUGUCACGUACUGCAUUCCGGUGGUGGCGGUGAUGCGUUGCCACUGGGCAGUGCGCGUCAAGCUGACCGCACUCUCGCUGACGGCACGCGCGGCACACGGUGAGCUGCCGCUGCCCGUUCCGCUCAUUCGCCGACCCACGCACGUCAUCAUUGUCGCCGGCGUCGGCCGGGAGCGCCGCGACGCUGUCGACGUCGGCGACACCAGAAGCAAAAAGAAGCUCCAACCUAGCCUACUUGGGCCACAACCGCAAACCUCGACGCUGCGGUCGCGGCGACGGCUCGGGAACGUCCUCGUCGCGAUCAGCUUAAUCUUCGCAGCGUGCUGGUGUCCACACGCCACCUUCGUUAUAUCCAGCGCAUUUGGGGUGCGCGUGCCAGCCGCCGCAGCACAAUACGCACUGCUACUGGGACACGCGCACUCAGCGCUGAACGCAGCCGCCUAUUGGUUGCUGAACAGGCACGCGCUGACGGCGGCUUGCGUGGCAUGGCGCAUGCCGCAGCUGCGCGUGCGGGAGGAGCGGCCUUCUUCCACCAACGAAGCGGCGCUGGGCGCGUUCCACCCGCGGUUGGCGCGCCCGGCGCCUUCGCCGCGACCGCCGCCUUCUAGCUUUUUAUAUUGAACUCCUUUAUCUUCUAAGCUCUAUCGAUCUGUGAUUCCUGUCUCUCAGUGCCUCGUAG